GCAGGGGAAGAAAUCUGUGAGGGGAGGGAGGGGAAUCGGGCCUGGGCCGGAGCUCGCAGGCUGCACUCGCACCCUCCCAGCCUCGCCGCCAGUCCCGGGGCUGCGUUCCGGACCAGCCCCGCUCCGCACCCGGCGCUGCCUCUCCGCCCGCCCCCGUCGGCCUCGUCUCUCGCUUUUCUCCUCCCCCUCGGUGCGCUUCCCCUCCGGCCGCCCCGGCGCUGUGCCUAGCUCCGGCUGCUCCGUCCGCAGCGAUGGUGGGAGCGGGGCUGGCGCUGGCGCUCUGCGCGCUGCAGCUCUGCCCGGCCGUGCUCGCAGCCUCCGGCCCGCAGCUGCUGCUGGAGCGGAGCCGCUCCCGGAGCCUGCGCAAGGUUGGUGGCUUUGCCUGGGAGAACUGUGGUGACAAAAAGAACCCCGUGGUGCUGCAGAGCCUCUCUGUGGCACCUGACCCCAUCAGCAUUCCAGGGAGCCUGCGCAUCAGUGCAGCUGUCAGCAGCAGCAAGACCAUGGCCUCACCUCUGAAGGUGGUGCUGGUGGUGGAGAAAGCACUGGGUGACCUCUGGAUCCAGCUGCCCUGCAUCGACCAGCUGGGCAGCUGCACCUACAAUGAUGUCUGCACCAUCCUCGACAACCUCAUCCCACCUGGCACCACCUGCCCAGAGCCCCUGCUCACCUAUGGCAUCCCCUGCCACUGUCCUUUCAAAGCGGGCUCCUACUCCCUGCCAGCCAGCGACUUUGACCUGCCUGAGGUGGAGCUGCCCUCCUGGAUGACCAACGGCAACUACCGUGUGCGGGCGGCUGUCAGCAAUGGUGGGGAGGAGCUGGCCUGUGUCAAGCUGGCCUUCUCCUUGCAGUCCCAGUGAGAGGUGGGGGGACUCUCCCUCCUCUCCCCAACACCUUGGUCCCCUGUUCUAUUCCCUCCAACUCUACCCCAUCCCAUUCCUGUGAGGUACAUCCCUCCAGCCCCUCAACUCCAGCUUGGUGCUCCCCUUCCCCUGCUACACAGAGGAAGGCUGCUCUGCCUGCCCUGCUGCCACCAGAUCCCAUCAGCAGCCUUUCAGAGUGACCUGGGGGAAGUUAACUUUUACACAGUCUUUCUUGUUUUGUUUUGUUUUAGUUAACCCAAUGAGGGAAAUUUUAGAUACAAACAUUCCAGGGAAAAGCAUGAUUUCUUGGAGCAGUCCGUGGGGAGGAGGCAGCAUUGGGGAGGUAUGGGGCAGGCUGGAGGGAUGCAGGAUUAGGUGCUGAGAGUGUCACUGCUUACUCCUCACCACCUCUGGCCAGAACAUGAGGCUGUUCCUGCAGAAAUGUCCCCAAAAUGGCCACAAGAGCCCUGUCUCAGCUACCAGCAGUUCUGGGUCUGUCUUUGGGACAUCCCUGUACUGCACAUGGGAGCAGCUUGGUCACUUGAGGCACUGGUGGGGACACUUCCCCGUGCCCUUCCCGUGACAAACAUCACAGGUACAACAGGGCCAUAACCACCCACACCUCUGUUGGACAUUCCCAUUUGUGAGGCACCAAGUGGCUGCUGCUGCUCCCAGCAGCAGUAGAGGUGCUGCUGGCUGUGCUGUCUCCAGGGGAACAUGGCUGUGAUGGGUAUCUGGGGCACAUCCUGACUGAGGACAAGUCCCACUCAUCUCAUUUUGGCACUGGGGCAGGAUGCUGCACUGGGAUUCACAUUUCCCUGGGCGCAGGCAGCUGCAGCAUCCUGGACCUGCGAUGGACUGGGAGGUGACCAUGAAGACCAGCAGCCUGGGUCCUGUUUAGGGGCCCUGCAGCCCAUCUCCUGGUUGUGGCUGGGGGCUGAGGCAUGGGCAGGCAGCAACUUUCCUGCCUGCUGCUCUGGGCUAGAUCUGUGCCAGAUCUCUGCAGAGCAGGUGGAGAAAACCCACCGUCCACCUGCCUCCCUCACUGUCCCUGCCUCCUGGCAUUAUUUAGCCCCUCCAUAGGGCUGAUCUUCCUCCAAGCACUUUUAAACGCCUUAACUACUGCUGGGCUGCCCCAGUGGGAGGUCCUCUGCCAGGCAGAUGUGCUCCCACUGCUUUUCUGUGACUUUGCCUUGCUCUGUUCACCUUGCUGCUGGGUCUGGCGCGGGUUUGUUUAGCUUGGAGCAAUUCUAACUCCGUCGCCUGGCUCCCUGCCGCUGUGCAGCGCCCGUGUGAGGGUGGCAUCCCCCUCUCAGGCAGGGAGUGCAGGUUCUUAAUAAAUCUUUUUACCAGGAA